AUGCACGAAUGGCACCUCCGGUACCAGCACCUGUUCGACGACGACGACAGCGACGAUGACAAGGAGGGACUCUGUCUCCAAAAACCUGCUUGGUACACGCCUGAAGAUAUUCGCUCGAGCCUUUUCUGUUGUCUUAGGCACGCGUUUGCUAGUGACGGAAGCGAACUCGUGAUUUUUGCAGCAGCUCAGUACCAUGGAUGCAACAUCGAGCUUAAAACACUCAACUACAAUUGCAAGGUCGUGUCGACGUUCACGUACUCCGUAGACGACGCUUCUAGAACGAUUUCCAUAGCUAGAAUUGGGCUGUACUGCUGCCUGCAAGUGGAAGGAAUGCACAUCUAA